AACAAAUAUCAGGAAUGGCGGAGGGUGCCACGUAAGAGAAUUAAACAAAAUUGCUGGAAGCUUCAGAAUUUGGUUUCGUGAAGAGAGAGGGAGAGAGGGAGAGAUUUCAAUAGCACAGCACAACUCGCUUUUCUAGACUAUACCACUUUUUCUUAUCAGAUCUUUCGUUUUCAUUCAGUCUCACGAAUUCUCUACCUAAUAUCUCGCGCCUUUUCGAAUUUUUGAGGAUUUUCUAUUGUACAGAGACAUCCUCUGAGGUUGAGGAUGGACAAUUAGAAAAUUCAAUGCAAUAGGUUCACGCGAAUCGGAUCCAGCUGAUUUUGGUUAGGGUUUUGUUCCAACUUCAGCUGGUUCUUUAGGAAACUGCAUGCCUGAGGUUUGAGGAUCAAGUAUUUUGUCCUUCUGACUUGGCCAAAAUGGCAGAAAGACAAGAUGUGUAUGAUGAAACAAGGGAGAGAAGAUCAUAUUAUGAGAACUCUGAAGAUGAGAGAAGGAGAUCAAAGAUGGGAUCUUUGAAGAAGAAAGCUCUAUAUGCUUCAAACAAGCUCACUCAUUCACUUAAGAAAAGAGGGAAAAGGAAAGUUGAUUUUAGAGUGCCUUCUGUUUCUAUUGAGGACGUGCGUGACCCAAAAGAGGAGAGUGUUGUCGCAGAACUGCGUCAAAACCUCCUCGACAUGGAUUUGCUGCCUGUUAAACAUGAUGACUACCAUACUUUGCUGAGAUUUCUGAAAUCAAGAGAUUUCGACAUUAACAAGACUAUCCAAAUGUGGGAGGAAAUGCUUAAUUGGAGGAGGGAGUUUGGAGCGGACACCAUUUUGGAGGACUUCGAAUUCAAGGAGCAGGAACAAGUGUUGAAUUAUUAUCCACAGGGAUAUCAUGGUGUUGAUAGAGAAGGCAGGCCUGUUUACAUUGAAAGGCUGGGAAAAGCUCAACCCAGUAAACUAAUUCGCAUUACUUCAGUGGAAAGAUACUUGAAAUAUCAUGUUCAGGAAUUUGAGAGGGCUAUACAUGAGAAGUUCCCAGCCUGCUCUAUUGCCGCUAAACGGCGGAUCUACUCAACAACCACAAUUUUGGAUGUACAGGGCUUGGGGAUUAAAAAUUUCACUUCAACAGCCACUAGUCUGUUAGCAGCCAUGGCAAAGAUUGAUAACAGUUACUAUCCAGAGACACUACAUCAAAUGUACAUUGUCAAUGCUGGACCUGGAUUCAAGAAGGUUCUUUGGCCUGCUGCGCAGAAGUUUCUGGAUCCCAAAACUGUAGCAAAAAUCCAUGUUUUGGACCCUAAAUCCUUGUCGAAACUGCUGGAAGUCAUAGACCCAAGUCAAUUGCCUGAUUUUUUGGGUGGAUCAUGCUCUUGUGAUGUUGAGGGAGGUUGUCUAAGAUCGAACAAAGGCCCUUGGAAUGAUCCUGAAAUAAUGAAGAUUGUGUAUAAUGCAGAAGCAACUUUGGUAAGGAAGAUCAGUAAAACAAGCAGUGAUUGGCAGGGAAAGGACUCGAAUAUUCAAUUACUGCCAAUGAAGGGAAGAUGCAGUGACACAUCUGCGUUCGAAUCAGGAUAUGAUUUUGAUGAUCAUUCCUCUCCAACAAGACAAAAUUGCGAAACGAGUUCAAGACAUACCCCGCUUAAUGAAGUCAGAACAUCAGAUGCGAGUGUGUAUUAUAGUUGUGAUGAUCAAUUUCGACAAGAUAAAGACAGUGACAAUGAGCAAGGUGUGGAAGAAGAGUCCUCUAAUAUCAAUGUUGUUGGAAAUACAAAUUUCAACGCAAGACAAUGUUUCGAAGGUACCUUGGUUAUGUAUUGGUUGGAAUCCAUCCAGGAAAGGGUCGUAAAGAGAGGUUUCCGGUGCAUGACGAGAACAGUGAUGUCUAUAAUCACCAAGCUUUUUGAUCUUAUUCAGAAUGCACAUGCUGAAUGUUUGAGGAGGCAGACCGGUGUUUAUCCAUCUAAUACAUUGGGAAGUGAGCAAGAAUCAAACAACCAAUUAUCUGCUGGUGCAGAAGCUGUUAGAGAAGAGAGUAUGGUCCUUCCAUGUGUACAGCGCCUCCAGAGACUGGAAAAUUUAUUGGAAGAAAUUAAGAAGAAGCCUGCUGAGAUUCCUAUGGAGAAAGACCAAUUGCUUCAGCUAUCUCUGGAAAGGAUCAAGUCUGUUGAGUUUGAUCUUGAGAAAACAAAACGGGCAUUGAAUUCUACAGUGGCGAAGCAGCUGGAGAUUUCCCAGUUACUAGAGAAUAUGAGGGAAUCCAAAUUCCAUCGACGGAGGUUUCUAUGUAAUAUCUGAUGGGUUGGAUCGGUGCAGAGACUAUAUGAAACAGGGCAAUGAUUAUGGUUUAAAAUGAUUGGACGUGAAUAAAUAACUAUGGUGGAUUUUGAAUGAUCGCUUAUCUGACGGCAAGCCCCCUCCUUAUCCCCCUCCACAAAGUCAAUGGUUGUGGUAACCACAGUUAAGGUACAGCUUUGAGACUGCAUUGUAGGAAUGCCUUGCAUUCAUAUCUGAAGUCUUUGUUUCUGCUCUUGGAACUGAUAUUACAGAUCUACUUAGCAUACAACUGACAGCCUUCGGCCCAAAGUAAUGAGUUGUAAAUGAUGAGCCUAAUCAUUAGUAAAUGAACUGCUCGAUAAGCUUAGAAAUGCUUCUGAAUAUACACAGGGAGGGAAGAAUAAAGGCCAGAAGAAAUUGCCAGAUAUUGGUGAUUCUUUGUGAGUAGCUAUGGUUGUGAUCUUGUUUAUUGACGAAACUACGAAGCACUGUGAGAUCACAACAUGAAACAAUCUAAGAUUCCUCCAUGUACAUAUCCAUAGUAGGAUGACGUAUAUAGGGUAAUACUAAAGCAGUACAAGUUAUUUAAACAAUAAUGGUGUGAUUUUAUGAACUGCACAAGCAUUAAAAGAUGUUUACGAUGGUAUAUAACUUUGAGCAGGGAAGGGAAAAGUGAGUUGGUAGUUGUGUUAUUUAUGAA